AUGGGUGUCGCGAAAAAGACAAGAAAGUUUGGCGCAGUAAAACGAAUGAUUGGCAAGCGCGAUGAGCGCCUAAAAAAGCCCAAAGUCCCCGAGGGCGGCAGCGGCAAAGCCAAGGCCGGCCCAAGCACCACAUCCGCACCUGGCGCCGGCGAGCCCGUCCGGCAAGUAACAGCCGCGCCCAAGGGUCUCUUCUUCAGCCAUAACGAGAACAUCGUGCCGCCAUACAAUGUGCUCGUGGACACAUCCUUCAUCACUCACACCGUCGGCGCCAAGAUAGAGCUGCUCGAGGGCCUCAUGGACUCGAUGUACGCCACCUGCCGCCCCAUCAUCACCGAUUGUGUCAUGGCUGAGCUCGAGAAGCUGGGGCCAAAGUACCGCAUAGCGCUCAGGAUUGCCCGCGACGAGAGGUGGGAGAGGCUCAAGUGUGAUCACAAGGUUUACGCCGACGACUGCCUGGUCGACAGGGCCGUCAAGAACCGCAUCUACAUAGUGGCCACCAACGAUAGGGAUCUCAAGAGGAGGAUACGCAAGAUUCCAGGUGUGCCUAUAGUCACUUGCGGCAGGAAGAAAUACUUGGUCGAGGGCCUGCCUGGUGCACCGACGAAAUGA